AUGAUUCCGCGUCUCCGCCAUCGCGCGGCGAUCCGCGUCGCUGCUGCGUUCCAUUCCACCAGUGCUGAGGAUGUAGCACUGCUGCGGCAACUGGGGACAGCGUUGAAGACGAACCCUGAGACUGCACAGCGGCUGGGUGGUCUGCUUUCGCCGUCCACGAUGCGGAACUUGUCCAGGGCCAUGACCACAGUGCAGCAGCCCACGACGGGAGCUGCAGACGCUGCUGCAAUCAGGACUGGCGUACCACAGCCAACCAUACAGGAGCUCAAGAUGGUGGCGCUGCAAGUGGGUUUGCCGUUCAUUGGCUUUGGCUUUGUCGACAACUUUAUCAUGAUCCUCGCUGGCGACUACAUUGACCUCACGCUGGGCGUGUCAUUCGGCAUCUCGUCCAUGGCAGCCGCAGGCAUUGGCAACACCAUUUCAGACAUUGCAGGCUUGGGGCUUGGCAAUGUCGUUGAAGACCUUUGUGCGCGCCUCGGUCUUCCUGUUGCAGCACUGACGACGGAACAGACGAUGCUAAAGCGCACGCGGAUGGCCAAGGUCGUGGGCAGCUCUGUAGGCGUGACCAUUGGUUGUCUGCUAGGCAUGGUGCCGCUUCUAUUUCUUCACACAAGAGAGCAAAAUGACAGCAUCGAUAUGUCUAAGGCAACGCCGUAA